AUGGGCGAGGACCACGCGCCCCUCGACCCCGAAGACCUAGCCUCCUACGACAUCGACCCAGCAGAGUCGCGCGCGUUACUCCGCACCCUCGACUGGCACAUUGCCCCCGUGUGCAUGGUGCUGUACCUGGUCGCUUUUCUCGACCGGUCCAACAUUGGUAAUGCGGCUGUGGGCGGCAUGGUCAAAGACCUCAACUUUCCUUCCAACGGUCUGUCGGUCGCAACCUCCAUUUUCUACGUUACGUAUGUGGUCUUUGAGACCCCGGCGACGAUGUUGCUCCGCACGCUCCGGCCCAGCCGCAUGGUCCCCACGUUCAUGAUCAUCUGGGGCGGUGUGGUCAUCGGCAACGGCUUUGCAACAAACUACGCGACCGUGGUUGCGUGUCGUCUUCUACUGGGUAUCUGUGAGGCUGGGCUGUUCCCCUCGCUCGUGCUGUACAUGACCUCGUUUUACCAGCGCGAGGAGCUGGGCCUGCGCACGUGCUACCUCUUCAUUGCAGCGUGUCUCUCGGGAGUUGUCGGUGGUCUCAUCGCGACGGGAUUCCUCAAGAUGGAUGGCCUGCGAGGCCUCGCGGGCUGGCGCUGGCUCUACAUCAUCGAGGGCGCGCUUACGAUUGUGGUCGGUAUAGGGUCGUUCUUCGCCAUCGCAGACCGUUACGAGACCGCAUCGUACCUCUCGGAGCGCCAAAAGUUCCUCAUGAGGGUCCGCCACGCCAAGGCGGCCGUCUACUCGCGGGACGAGGGCUUCAGCUGGAACGAGUUCCGGCGCUACACCCGCGACCCUAUGAUCUAUCUCUCCGGUUUCGUACUGCUGUGCAUGGACACAUGCAUGUACGGCUUCUCCACAUUCCUUGUUGUUAUCAUCAACGGCCUCGGCUACUCUCCCAUCGUGAGCCAAGCCCUCUCUGCCCCAGUGUACGGCUGGGCUGCUAUCGUCUACCUGUUCGGCGCCCUCGCUUCCGACCGCUACUCUGUUCGAUACAAGAUUAUCCUCCCACUCAGCCUCGUCACGAUUGUGGGAUACGCCAUCCUCCUCGCAAACCCUGCCAACCUCGGCGCGCGGCUGUUUGCUUGCUUCCUCGCCGGCAUGGGAAUCUACAUCUGUGUAGGUCUGCAGGUCACGUGGCUCGGCCAAAACAUGGCUGGCUACCGCAAACGCAGCUUUGCCAUCGGUAUCCAACUGACCAUGGGUAAUAUUGGCGGAGUUAUCGCCGGUCAGAUUUACCGUACCAACCAUAAGCCAGCUUACAAGCUGGGCCACGCGGCGUCGCUGGGGUUCUGGGCUGUCGCGAUUCUGGCUACCACUUUGCAGUUCUACGUGUGGCGCAGGCGUAACGUCCACCGUGAGGCUCUUACAGCGGAGGAGAAAGCUGAGAAAGACGAGCGUGGUGUCACGGGCGACCACCAUCACGCUUUCCGCUAUGUUUUAUAG